AAGAAAUAGGGUUUCAAUCAAGCAGGAAAAAAAAGGAAAACUGAAGGAAAGGAACUGAAAUGGAUGGAAUUAACAGUUUAAUCUUUAAAGUGGUUAUAAAAUUUGUUGAAGGGUUUUAGAGUAAAAAAAGCAUUGGAAUUUCAGGAAAAAAAUUCAGGUGAAAAAUGAGGUGAAAAAAGGGAGAAAGCGAUCGAAAAAUGAGAAGAAAGUGUCGGAUUUGGUGGCCAAAGCAGCUAUCUUCUACCCAACCAUCUUGCUGUAAAUUUCUGUUUGGUUGGUUCGUCACUUGUUCUUCAGAUUCUCUUGACAUUGUCGUCGCUUUCGCUUCCAAUCGGGAGUCUUCUUCGAAUCUGCAAUCUUGUCUCCAGGAGAUCCUCCAUUCUAUCAAUGGAAAUAUGCAUGUAUCUCUUCAAGAUAAAUCAAAUUUUUCUUUGUUGGGUCAGUAUGGAGCUUGUAUUAACUAUGGUCAAAAUGGAGUAGAAGAGGAUGAUCUGAGAAAAACCUGCACUCACGGUGUAGAUAGAGUUUGCAAAUGCUAUGGACAAUGGAGCUGUGGAUGCCUUAAAUUUGAUGGGUUUUUAGGCCAGUGUAGACAGGUAUCUAUGGAAAGUAAUUACUGGAUCGAGCUGGCCUAUGAUUCUCUUCGUCUUCAAGCCAGGGGAAUUCAUUGGGUUCCUAAAUUGCACCAUCUUCAUUGGAAGAAGGAAAUAGUGUCUCAAUGUGAUGUCCAUGUUAUAUUAUACGAAACUCCAACAUACGGUGCUCACCAUUUCUCAUUGCGAUACUGGAAUUCUUCUGAGCAUGGGAAAGCUUCUCCUAAGAAGCCUCAGUGGGUUGAUGAGCUUCAACAAAAGCAACCUUUAAAUGACAUGGAUACAGUUGUUUUGGCGAUCAACAGUGCUAGUGCAGCUCAGAAAUAUUUUGAGAGACAUGAUAGCUUCAAACAAUCCUCUGCAAAUAUUCCCAUAAUUUCCAUGUUUUGUACCUUCAUGUGGCAUAUAUUGGCCAUGUCAUUGGCAUCAUUAUCUACUCUUUUUUAUAUUUUUAUUCAGUUUUUCCAUAGCUUUUUGAACUUUGAAUCACAAUCAUGGGUAUACUCUGCAUCAGCAAAGGCAUUUAGCAAUACCUGGAUAAAUUUCCGAAUUCGUUCUUGUCAGAUCUUAUAUUGGCCAAUCUUCCUUCAGGACAAUGACCUCAGGUCUCAAACAAGUGUGGAAUGUGCAGAAAAAGUUGCAUUACAUAAGCAUUCCUUGUGGUCAAGUUUGGUUGUUGAUAUCCUUUUGGGAGAUUUGAUUGGUUUGGCACUCUUAUUUCACGCAGAAUCUGUCUGUUCAUGGGUUUCAAAUAUUGCCAGUAAUUUAACAAAUGAGUUGUUGAGGUCAGGUUCUGUGUGGUUGAUGGGUGUUCCAGCUGGUUUCAAGUUGAACAUAGAAUUGGCUGAAGUUCUUGGCAUGAUUUCUCUGAAUACAAUUCAAAUUUGGUCUACUCUUUGGAUAUUUGUGGGUUCUCUCUUCAUUUAUUUCAUCAAAGGACUUGCUAUAUUAGCUAUUCUUUUCGGGGUGACAAUACCUGCUGCUUUGGUCAUAGACAUGAUUGUGAUAGUAACAUUGCAUGUGUCAACACUUCAUUGGUUAAUCUCAAUUCUCUAUUCACAGCAGUUACAUGCGCUAGCCGCUUUGUGGCGUAUUUUCAGGGGACGGAAGUGGAAUCCUCUUCGUCAAAGAUUAGAUAGUUUUGACUAUACUGUGAAGCAACAUGUUGUUGGAUCUCUUCUAUUUACACCUCUUUUGCUUCUAUUGCCAACCACAUCUGUUUUUUAUAUUUUCUUCAGCAUUAUGAACACAGCCAUCAGCCUUAGCUGUAUGUUCAUUGAAGUCAUCAUAUCCGUUAUCCAUGCUACUCCUUAUAUUAAGAUCGCCCUUCGGUUGAUAAAACCUAGAAGAUUUCCAUUGGGGAUAUGGUUUGAAAUCAUAGCCUGUCACAAUAAUAGCAGCCAUUCUCCCUGGAGUGCUUAUAUUGAUAGAAACAGUUUGCCAGUUGAUGAGGCACCACGAAAAGAGGAUAUAGAUAGAACGGUGUCUAGUGUAUUGAUUUCAAUUCUCCACAGCAAUUAUUUGAGUAUAGGACAAAUGGUCUUGCCUCAUUACAGAAAAGCUUUUUCCGGAGUUUCCCGGUCAUAUAUUGCCACAUCAGUUUUUGGACUUCUUAGUGGUAACAAAGUUGCAUCUACUUUGGGAGCCACACUGCCCUCAACGAUGCCAUGGUUAUGUAUCCCAUACAAUGAAUAUUGGUGCCUCUGUCGUAAUUCGAUUCUUGCAUGUAUGGUAGAUUGCAACUAUUAUAGAUGUCAUGAUUCAAGGCCACCUUCAUUUGGCCUAACUUGAGUAAAUUGGAUAUUUGUAGCUGUUUUUAAGCGGCUUUUUUACUAGAUAGAGAAUUUUGGUUGGACAUAAGCUGCUGCUUCAUUUUUGUUUGGUUCAAACUUAGGCAUCGGAGUUAACGAACAGCUUUCUCAAAGAGAUGGGGGGUAGAAUCAGGGGCUUACCUCAGUUAAUGCUUGCAAUCCCAACUUCUGCAAUUCUUUUUUUUAUCUCCAGACUGCCGCUUCCUUUGCACCUAAUAAAAAAGGAGCCAGGGAAGUGUCAAAAGGAGAUCGGGAGAAAAAAAUGAAAAAAAAAAAAAUCUAAGGAAAAGGUGGAAAUGCGUCUUGGUUAUUCAUUAUUAGAAAUCAUUUGUAUGUUGUUAGAGAUUGUGUAUAGUAAUUAUUUAAUUCUAUUUCUAGUUUUGUUUUUUUGUAGUCCCAUAUUUUGUGUUUUA